AUGUCAGCCUCACAAAUCUGCAAGCUUCCGUGGCCAGUCCAGCUUCCUCCCAACUCCCAACCAUGGCCGCAACUUCCCUCCACGUCUCUUCUUCUUCCGCUUCCCGCUAACAGAAGAAUCGAAUCCCAAACCUCUAAACCCCAAUGGCGAAAUUCUCAAUUCGACCCCAUAAUAACCCCUUUCUCCCUCACCGCACUAACCCUCACAGUUCAAUUUCCCACUCGGUUUCCGCCACUCGCUUGGUUUCUCACCCCCAACUCCUUCGAUUAAGCCUCCGAGUUCGUUGUAGCAUCAAGGAGAAAGAAAAUGUUAAGGGCAACGAAGAACUUCCCCCUGUUCUUUCUGGGCUAAAAGUCGAUGAAUCGGAGCAAACUGAGUCUAUUUCGAAAUUUGAAAACGGUUUGAGCUCUGGAAAUGGGAUUGAUGAAGUGGGUUUUGAUUCGAAUUGGCCGCCGUGGAAGAACGUUCCUGAUAGAUAUAAAAUGAUAGGUACUACGGCGCUUGCCUUCGUUAUUUGCAACAUGGACAAGGUGAAUUUAAGCGUUGCUAUAAUUCCAAUGUCGCACCAGUUUGGAUGGAAUUCUUCUGUGGCUGGAUUGGUUCAGUCAUCUUUCUUUUGGGGUUAUGCUUUGAGUCAGUUGCCUGGUGGGUGGCUCGCCAAGAUAUUUGGUGGGAGGUCA